AUGGCUGGCACUCGAAACUACGAUUUCCUCAUCAAACUCCUCCUCAUAGGCGACUCGGGCGUCGGUAAAUCCUGCUGUCUGCUACGUUUCUCCGAAGACUCUUUUACACCCUCAUUCAUCACAACAAUCGGUAUCGACUUCAAGAUCCGAACUAUCGAUCUUGACGGCAAGCGGGUGAAGUUACAAAUAUGGGACACGGCAGGACAGGAACGAUUCCGAACAAUAACCACGGCAUACUACCGAGGCGCAAUGGGCAUAUUACUGGUAUAUGACGUUACGGACAGGAAGAGUUUUGACAACAUCCGCACCUGGUUCUCAAACGUGGAACAACACGCCUCGGAAGGCGUCAACAAGAUCCUCAUCGGCAACAAAUGCGACUGGGAAGAGAAACGCGCCGUGUCGACACAACAGGGCCAGGAUCUGGCGGACGAGCUCAAUAUCCCCUUCCUCGAGGUGUCGGCCAAGUCGAAUACCAACAUUGAGAAGGCGUUUUACAGCCUCGCGAGCGAUAUCAAGAAGAGAUUAGUGGAUUCGAGUCGGAAUGACUCCGCGGCGCAGACGGCUGGGGCCUCGGGCGGAGGUGUGAAGGUGGAUUCGAUGGGUGGGAUGGCGAGCGGGGUGGGUGGGAAGUGUUGUUAG